UGCCUCACUGCAAGAGGGGGAAGAGACAUCACAUGCAGAAGCGAGGAGCAGCUGGUGUGAUGGCGGUUACACAACGCUCCUCACUCUUUGACUUCGACCCAGCCGGGCCUCUGGCGCAGAACGUCCUGUAUGGUGCCGGCAGCUACUACUUCCACAGUCUGGGGGUCAAUGGGUCUGCAACUCCCCUGGCUUCACACCCAAGAUGUCCGAGAACAACAGGAGAAGUGGCAGCUGGAGGUGUAUUACAUUACAACAAGUCCCAAAGUCUACCUUCCAACGAGCACAAUGACGUGAUGUGAAAGCAGGAAAGGGCAAGGAUUGUGUGGAAUUUUUAAAUCAGUCGGGUAAAUACCAGUAAUUUCCUGUUUGGAAAAUGCAAGUUGGUCCUUAAUAAAUUAAUUUCAGUUCUAAUUAAUAUGAGAUGAACGAUUUAAGUAGUGAGAAUGUGAAUAAAACCAACCUACUCUUUGGUUCCACGGCCGCUUCAGGUCCAAGGACAUUUUGUUUGCUGUGUUUUUUAGGUUUUUGCAGCCUACUUGUAAUUAACCCUUUGUGACUGACACAGUGUGACACACGAGCAGCCAGGUCCUUUACAGAAAACCUUAAAAUGAUACUCUGCGCGUUUGCGUGCAUCGCAUCCCUCCGAAACCACACGCCGUCAAUUUUAGAUAACGCUCUGUCUCCACAACUCUGGUCAGGAGAAAGAAAACACAAUAUGGUGUUCAUUUAUCUGGAAUUCAACGUUUCCCCGCUCGGGGACCGCGCCAGAGAGUUGGGGUAUGGCACAAAACUCUAGCUUCAGGGAAUUUGGAAAGGAACCAGAGGGCAGUCACAAGUCAGGCAGCGCUAGAUGCCUCAGUGGCAGAAGACGUAGCACAAGACACUUACUGGACAGAACCCACGGGAAAAAAGGUGAACUGGACGAUGUCAAAUAUCCGACUAGUCAGAUCUUUAUCAUCUAAUCUAUUUGAAUUGAGCUGAACAAUCAAAGGUGAUUGUCCUUGUCAUGAAAGGUACAAAUAUGAAGACUGAAUAGAAGAGGCAGCAUGGUGACUGUGCCUCAGGCCUGGUUAUGGUCAUUUCAAUAGUGUGGAAGUCAUAGGUUGCUUGAUUUCAUAUGCGUAUUCACAGUCAUUAUCAUAUUGUGGGAUGUGGUUUCACGAGCAGCAACAACAGGGAACACCUGCACCGAUGCGAUGCGCAGCCCUACAGUACUUGUCAAGCACACACCCAGAAACGUGUAGGUGUAGCUGAACACGGCAGAGGGGGUGAGGCGUGGGCGUGUGGGCCCGACCGAACCUCCCCAAAGCGCCGGGACCGUGGCUGAGGCUCCCACAAGGAGAAGCGGCUGCACGCGGCUUCGUCGGCGUCGUCCGUUUCCCAUCGGAGCACAUGGACUUCCACGCGCGCGUUUGUGGACUGCUUCUACACAAAUGGACGAUAUGUUUGACAGUGUUAUGAGCCUUUUCUGGAAUAUCUGAAGCAGCUGGGAUUCUAUUCUAAACCAUGCUGUUCCAACUACUGGCGCUAAUAACGGCGCAAGGCCUCUUAACGCCCCACGCCGCGGUCAGCUGCGGGCUCGUGGAGCCCGGAGGGCGAGCGGACCCCAGCGGCGCGGCGCGCGCCGACGGGGCGCCGGGCGCGCCGCGGUCCGAGGCCAAGGCGAGACCCAAGCGCUGCACCUGUUAUUCCUACAAGGAUAAAGAGUGCGUCUAUUACUGCCACUUGGAUAUCAUCUGGAUCAACACCCCCGAACGCACCGUGCCCUAUGGGAUGUCGAGCUACCAGGGCCUCCAGCGAGUCCAACGCGCCGUCGGCGGGCGUCCGGCGCAACACGAGGGGACAAAGUCUCAGCGCUGCGUCUGUGCUGAGCUCCAUGGAGACCCAGAGUGCCGGGACUUCUGUCUGACACCCUCCCUGCAGACAGCGCCCACUGCAAGGCCCCACAAAGACCCGGGCCCCGGAUGACAGCUGGAGGCCCCUCAUCCCCUGCUCUGCCUCUGGAGAGACGGGCUCCUCCCUUCGCUUCGGCUCUUUCACCCUCCACCCGGCGCCCUCGCCUCCGCCAGCAGUUCAAGGCGGGAGCUUUGGGAGUUUGGCGAAGACGACCUUCAUUAACGUCAUAACUCUGGCGAUGUUGUUUCGGCUCCUCAGCCAAAUUUGAUGCAGAUCCCGGGAGGCUGUCGACUCUUUGUUAUCUCCCGGGAGCAACAUUGGGAUUACUUGUUUGAGCAACAGCCAGUGGUUUUGCGUCUGUCAAGCCUGACCGUACAGACUCUGUGUUUUAUACCUGAUAGGCCACUCGACAACGAGAUGAGCUCUCACCAACCAAUAAGAGACAAAGGCAUUUCUCCAAAAAUGUUGCCAGAAGUGUGGAGCUUGUGGAGCCCUGGAAAAUCUGAGCAAGGAAUAAUAUUAUGUUAAGAGUUCUCUGCUAUUUCAGCAAUAAUAUAUCACUCACCUAUCACUCAUGUGUUUUUUUACUGACUGAAGUAUCUCUGCACCGCUGACCUAUGUUGUUCUGCUUUGUUUUAUAAAUGCGUUGCUCGCAGUUUGACUUUUCAGAACGUUGUUGCUUUGGAGACGUUGCAUUUGCGACACACCGACACGGUGACUGGGGGUGAACUGGUUUGGAGGCUGAGGCCAGACAGGUCAGGGACCAUAACAAGUCCAGUAUUGAGGCUGACGCGUUGAUUUAGGUUUGAGGAAAGUGGAGAAGAAUGCCGGAUUCAUUUGGAUGGUGAGCCACAGGCUCGUCAUGGUUUUACUGUUAUGAUUGCAACUUAUCACAUAUACAGUAUUUCUACAGGCAACAGACAAACAAGCUGUAGCCAAUGAAGCCAGUAUGUUGACACAGAUUCGUUAGUGCCUGUUAGUUUGUGGUCUGAGGGGAUUAAAUACACCGAGAACAUUCCCAUGAAAACGGACAAUCGGUGGCCUAACCUUUACUACCGUGUUCUGCCAGUAAUGUUUAGAAAAGCAGCCAUUGUUGCAAAAGAGCUGAAUAAAAAGGCCACGAACAGCAUUUUAUUGUCCCAUUCUCUGGAAAUCAAAGACUGUGACAAUUAUAGUGCCACUAUCUGGCUCCGUCCUGAAGUAAAUCAGUUCUGGUCCGAGGAAAACAAAAUUAAAGAAACCUACUUGUGUCGACAGAUGAGACCGUUUCGACCUUACAAAUGUACCAGAGUCCCUCUUUUCACGAGAUGAGUUCACGGUGUUACAUACUGUAAGACACCAGUUGCAGAGCUCAAGUAGAAACGCGACUGCUUUCAGACGCGUGUGGUUACUAUAGACACCAUGUACCCUCUGAUUACCUUUAAAUGUUGUAUUUCUAUUACUGUCUUCAGUAGCACAUAUAGAAGCAAUAGAUGUGGCGUUCGAGGUGAUAAUGGAUUUUAAACAGACCUUAAUUGCUUGGAAUUAACCACUAAUAUUUAUAAACUUGGUUAUAAAGUUAUAAAGUUUGCUGCCAGGCACCAGCUGACGCUUAAAUAAUAAAUGAGGUUUUGCCUUGAAAUUCCAACUGAAUGUGCACUAUCACCUGAUAACACAGUAUUUAAUUUUAAAAGUCUUACUUUUAAUACCUUUGGCUUUAUUUAUCUACAGGGUAUCAACCUUUAUUUACAUGUAAAUAGAAACACAUGGUAGAAACAUUAGACUUAUUGUAUCACUUAGAAGUUAUUACACUGUACGUCAGUUACUUAAAACUGCAAGUAGAGGCGUUGUCUCAGUGUUUCAGUGUUUGUGGGCGAGAUAUGGAGUACAGAUAUGAAAUAUACAGGUCUGUCGUGUAAAGUUACAGUACCUCAGCCAGGCUACAUGCAGAAUACUUCAGAUAGGAAUAUUUUAGCUUUCUGUGUGUGUGGGAGGCGUCGUGCUUCACAGCGUGGCAGCGUGGGGUAUUAUUGUGUGUACAACGUGUACAGCACAAGGUCAGCUGCAGUACUUUGACCCUUGGCUUCCGCAUUCACUUGUACCCAGUUUUAUUUGUAUUAUUUAUCUUGGGCCAGUUCACUCUACAUUCAUCUUUUUAUUGUCAUACAACUAAAUAGAAAUAAAACCUUGAUAACUA